UGAACUAGAAACCUCUUAGGGGUUUUACCUGCUGUUUGUGUUCUUCCAAUGGUUUCAGCUUGGAUAACAAGACUUCAAGAUGACGGGAUCUCUAAUUUAAAAGUAAUAAAACAUAACCGCGCAUGUAUUUUAUUCGCUGUAAAACCAGAUUGCCUUGGUGUGCCAAGUGUCUGACAGCGAGGAGGCGCGUGGCGGUGUUUACCAUGGCUGUGCUGUUGCUGUAAUGUGAGUGUGAUUUAGGUCUGGUGCAUCGCCUGAUGAUAGUGUGAUGAUGCUCGCUGCUCGCUGCUCGGAUGUGGUCCGAAAUGGAAGAUGGUAGUUUUGGGUUCUCAAAGCAUCAACAACACAUUGACUGUUGACGAUCUCCGACAUUUAUUAAUCACUUUGAGCUGGUCUGAGUUGUACAUGACGACAGCCCUGUAAAAUUAAUGGCUAUGGGGGAUAGUGUUGUGGAGGUGAGGGAGGAAUGGACUUUGCUCCUCUGGACCACGGUUGCUGUUCUGGUCCCGGUGCUCAUCACACUGUGGUGCAGCUUCCAGCGUCCCAAACGCAAAGUACAGCUCAAAGAUCUGUUUCGUAAGAGCAAACACGGCUGGCACUACACGGACCUGUUCAACAAGCCCACCUACUGCUGCGUGUGCUCUCAGCCCAUCCUGCAGGGGGCAUUCUGUGACUGUUGUGGCAUAUGUGCGGAUGAGCAGUGCAUACAGAGAGCAGAUCGCACCCUGUCAUGUAAGGAGAUCAUGACCCAGAGCCAGACGGAUGGUGGGUUCUGCCACCGGUGGGUCAGGGGAAAUGUGCCCCUCGCCAGCUACUGUGCCGUCUGCAAACAGCAAUGUGGGACUCAGCCCAAACUCUGCGACUAUAGGUGUGUGUGGUGUCAGGCCACAGUGCAUGAUGACUGUCUGUCCAGUCUGAAUAAAGGAGAUGUGUGUGAUCUGGGAGAGUUCUGCUCUGUGAUCAUACCUCCAUACUACCUCUAUCAAGUCAACAAGCUCCGCCGCAGACAUCCUGAAGAGUACAGCAAGCUUGCUGCAAUGUGUGGGAGUGGCUGGACUCCAGUUCUGGUCUUGGCAAACACUCGAAGUGGCAACAACAUGGGGGAGGUUCUGCUGGGAGAGUUUCGUACCCUCCUCAACCCUGUACAGGUAUUUGAUCUCUCUGAACUGCCCCCUUCUAAAGCCCUUCAGCUGUGUACUCUUCUGCCCCCCGGCAGCGUGCGUGUUCUGGUGUGUGGAGGAGAUGGCACUGUGGGGUGGGUUCUGGAUGCCAUCGACACCAUGAGGCUGAAGGGACAAGAUCAGUUUAUUCCUCUCGUGACCAUCCUGCCACUGGGCACAGGCAAUGACUUAUCAAACUCUCUGGGAUGGGGAGCAGGUUAUGCUGGAGAGAUAUCUGUAGAGCAGGUGCUCAGGAAUGUUUUAGAGGCUGGGGUGGUCAAGAUGGACAGGUGGAAAGUUCAGGUAGCCUCCAAAGGACACUACUUUCGUAAGCCAAAGGUGUUGUCCAUGAAUAAUUAUUUCUCAGUGGGUCCUGAUGCUCUUAUGGCACUGAACUUCCACACACACAGAGAGAAAACACCCUCCUUUUUCUCUAGCCGGAUCAUCAACAAGGCAGUGUACUUCCUCUACGGUACUAAAGAUUGCUUAGUACAAGAAUGUAAAGAUCUGGAUAAGGUUAUUGAGCUGGAGCUGGAUGGAGAGCGAGUGACUUUGCCCAGUCUGGAGGGGAUAAUUGUGUGCAACAUUGGCUACUGGGGGGGUGGCUGUAGACUGUGGGAGGGAAUGGGAGAUGAGCCCUAUCCUCCAACACGUGUGGAUGAUGGUUUAUUAGAGGUGGUGGGUGUGUAUGGCUCAUUCCACUGUGCACAGAUCCAGGUGAAACUGGCCAAUCCUGUGAGGCUGGGACAGGCACACACAGUACGGCUGGUGUUGAAGAGCUCCAGGAUGCCAAUGCAGGUAGAUGGAGAGCCAUGGGCACAGGGUCCAUGCACCAUCACCAUUACCCAUAAGACCCAAGCCCUCAUGCUGUACCACAGUGCAGAACACACCGAUGACGACGACUCCAGCACCUCAGAGGCUGAAGAGCCCUCAGCCAAUCACAUUAACACAGCUAGUAACACCAACAAAACAGUAACGGAGUCUCAGUAAGGCUGUAAUUUUUCUGCUCCAGAAAGUAGCAUAGCACUAAAGGAAGGUAUCCUGAUCUGAUUUUGUCUUUGAAACUAGUGUAAUGUCAUAAUUGUAAGUGUUCAUAAUGCCUAUUUCUUGUACCUCUAAGCAAAACUCCUGCAGCUUCUCAACUGUCCACAAGAGGUCACUAUCUCCAUUGUAAGGGAGUGUUACCCGAAACCGUAAUAAGUGGCUUAGGUUUUGGCCCUUACUAGUGCAAAAUAGAAUAAUAUUUAGCUGUACGUAGAGCUCAAGCAAUCGUAAAAAUAAAACAUUAGUCAAAAGUAGGAUGUUACAAAUGAAGCUGCUUAGACGUGAAUGUUUUUGCACUGACCUUGUGCCAUAGGCCUGUGAAUAUAAAUUAAGUGCAAUAAUUUUGUUUGGGUCCUUCUAUUUUGUUGCUCCUGUGAAAUUCCGACAGAGUGGUUAAAUUUAUGAACUACAUGUUGACAUGUUUAGUGUCUGAUAAUUGAAACAUCUUUGCACUGCUUGAAUCUAGGGCAGAUAAAUGUGCCAUUCAUAUUCUCAUGUUUUGUGACCAAGUUACUGGUUUAGUUGACAGUGAAAUGGCAGUAAAAUAUUUCAGAGCACUGUAUUAAAAUAUGAUUCUUUCAUUUUUCUAUAGUGUGAAUUUUGUCCAAUUUGCUCUGUUACAUCUUGUUUGCAUUUGAUGGUUAUUAGUUUUUUUUUGUUGUUGUUUUUUUUUUUUUUUUUCUCUCUCUGAAGAUUUAGUCACAGUUUCUGUGCAUCCUGCUUGAAUUAUAUAACUUUUUGUUGGAACAUUAGGUGAUUUACUUAGCACUUAACAUUACUAUAAUACUUAAUAGACUUCAUGAUUUAAGUCAUAAUGUCUAUAAUAACACUCUUCCCAGUCUUUUGUGCCCCACCUGAUGACGCAUUUUGAACUCCAUAAUGGCAUGUAUGGUUGUGCCUGUUGAGUCAUCGUCAGAAUCAGAGCUGCAGUUGACGUCCACCUACAAGUAUUGCAUUAUAUGUUUAUAUUACAUGGAUGUAUAAUCAACUUCUAAAACAUUUAGUUUUUCUCAGAUUCAAGGCAUUUACUCAACCUCAAGAGUUUUCUUGAGAGCCAUAUUCAACCUCAAGAGUUUUCUUUUAACUUCCCAAAAGGGAAGCCAUUCGAUGUUAAUAAGACUAUGUAAAACUGACAUUAAAUAUUAAAGGGGAUAGUUCACCUAAAAAUGCUAAUAUUCUCAUUUACUCACCCUCAUGCCAUCCCAUAUGUGUAUGACUUUCUUUCAUCAGCUGAACACAAACAAAUAUUUUUAGAAACGUGUCUCAGCUCUGUGGGUCCAUGAAAUGCAAGUGCAUGAAUGAUGAU